AAAAGUGUCAUUUCGUUGCUGAGAGGAAAUUACGCUGUUGAGUGUUUUUGAAACCGUAAUUUACCAUUCGCCAUCUUGCUUGAAAAAAUAAAAAUGGACAAAGCAGAAGACCUCCUACUUCUUGAUGUAAUUGAGAUGGACGAUGAGGAGAGUUACCGUGAUUUAAUUGGAACAGAGGAUGGAAUGGAGAGUGACCUGAUCGAGACAGAAGACGGGACUGAGAGUGAGCUGAUAGAGGAAGAUAGUGACGUGACUCAGGAAUCACGAGACGAUGUCAGUGAAUCUUUGGAUGUAUAUGUGGAUGAUACACAGAAUGACCUUGAUGCAGAUAUAAAGGACAGCAAGAAAACUGUUAGUAGUAGCACUGAAAGCAGUAAGUCCAGCCACAGAGAGGAGAAGUCCAAACAAAAGUCCAGCAACUCAAGUGGGCAGAAGUCCAGCAACUCAAGUGGGCAGAAAUCCAGCAACACAACUGGGCAGAAGUCCAGCACUACCAGUGAGGAAAAGUCUAGCAGCUUCAGUGGACAAAAUUCUGGCAGUGUUGGUGGGCAAAAAUCCAGGGAUAGAAUUAGCAGCUCCAGUAGAAUAAAAUCAGAAAUCACUAGUAUUCACAAAACUAACAGCAGACGAGAGUGUGGAAGUGGUGACCAAAAGGCUGGAGGUGGUAGUAGGCAGAGAUCCAGAAUACAUGGGCAGAAAACAAAUGGUAGCAAAAUACAGAAGCCAAACAAUAGUGGGCAGAAGUCUAGCACUAGUGGGGAGAAGUCUAGCAGUAGUGGACAGAAGUCUAGCAGUAGUGGGCAGAAGUCUAGCAGUAGUGGACAGAAGUCUAGCAGUAGUGGACAGAAGUCCAGUGGUAGUGACAGCAGGCAGAAAUCUAGCAGUGGUAGCAGUAUGCAAAAGUCUGGUAGUAGUAACACAUCUGGAACUGGCAGUACACAGAAGCUUGGCAAUAGUGGGCAGGCAUCUAAUAGUGGAAGCAGCAGACAGAAGUCUAGCAGUGGGCAGAAGUCUAACAGUGGGCAGAAGUCUAGCAGUGGGCAGAAGUCUAGCAGUGGGCAGAAACAGAGUAGCAGUCGUCAAAAAGAUGAGAAAGAAGGGAAGACAGACAACAGAGUUUCCAGUAAAAGGUUGGAUCAAAGUGAAAAUCAAGUACAAGGAAUCUUCAGUAACCUUUUAGAUUCCAGUGACAAGGAUCAAACCAUUGGCAAGAAGCAAAGACUCAAGAGUGUAGGUUUGUUGUUAAGUGCAAGAAAGAUUGUCAAGAAUAAGAGUUGCAGGAAAAGGAAUGUUUAUGUGGCAAUGAUUCCAAUACAGGAAAAGGCAGCUUUACUGGGCAGUGAUUCACAUACAGAAAAAAGGCAGGCUUACUGUGCGAUGAUCCACAUUCAGGAAAAGGCAGGUUUAUUGGGCGAUGGUUCACAUACAGGAAAAGGCAGGUCUUCUGGGCGAUGA